AUGGCCUCCUCCAAUUACAGCGAUCAUUUCUCUAUCAAGAACCUUCCAUACGGCGUCGCCUCGUCUUCGACGCGAGCUGGCCCGCAAUGCGUGACUCGGCUCAGCAACACCGUCAUCUUCCUAGAUGACCUCCAACGAAACGGAGUAUUCAACUCUGUUACCGAACUCCCUUCUGGAAUCUUCAAGCCAUCGACCUUGAAUGACUUUGCUGCCCUCCCCAAGACAAUCCACACGCAAGUCCGUCAUGCCCUGCAACUGGCGCUGCAAAAUGGCGUGGAAGGCCUUCCCACAGGAAGCACUGCAGACAUCAGCGAGGUCCAGAUGCAUCUCCCUGUCUCGAUUCCAGCUUAUACAGACUUCUGCAGCAGCAAGGCCCACAACAUCAACGCCGGGCGAGCGAUCCUCGGCCACGAGAGUCUGCCGCCGUGCUUCUACCAUAUCCCCAUCGCCUACAACGGACGUGCCAGCACAAUCUCCGUCUCUGGGACCCCAGUCCACCGGCCCCGGGGCCACUUUGUCGACAGGACCGUGACGACCCACAAAGAAGUCAUCUACGCGCCAACACGUGCCUUGGACUACGAACUCGAGUUGGGCAUUGUGAUCGGUGCCCCGUUGCCGUUGGGCCAGGGGCUUACUGCCAAGGACGCCGAGGCACAUAUCUUCGGGCUCGUGCUCUUGAAUGACUGGAGUGCACGCGACAUCCAAGGCUUCGAAAUGAUCCCCCUCGGCCCACUGAACGGGAAGAACUUUGGCUCGACCAUCUCCCCCUGGAUCGUCACCUUGGAGGCGUUGGAGGCGUUCCGCACAGACGGCCCGGAGCCGCAGAGCGCUUCCGUCCCGCCGUACCUGCAGGACUCGGGCGCCUACAAUUAUGAUAUCCAGCUGAAGGUCGAGUUGGAGACUUCUUCCGGGGCGAGAACGGUGCUGGGAGAGACUAAUGCGAAGGAGCUGUACUGGAGCCUCGGGCAGAUGUGCGCGCACCUGACGAGCACGGGGUGCAAUCUGCAUACCGGGGAGAUUCUGGGCACUGGGACGGUCAGUGGGGCUGCGGAGGGGUCCUAUGGCUGUCUGCUGGAAGUGACCAAGGGAGGCAAGGUGAAGGCUAAGCUGGCCGACGAUGACGAGCGGACAUACCUGGUCGAUGGGGAUGUGGUGACCAUGACUGCCUGGGCGGGCGAAGGAGUCGGGUUUGGCGAGUGUACGGGGCAGAUACUUCCUGCUAAGGAAGUCCGGGCUUAG